AUGGUUACCAAAGUGGAACAAAAGAAGAAAAAAAAAAAGACAAAAGUUAAAGCAUACGACAUAGAUGAAUCUAAGAAAGUAUUUUUAUAUGCAUAUGAAUAUCAAUUAAAAAAUGAAAAGAUUAAUUGGAAGAGAGCAGAAGAAUUAAAAAUAACUAAACAUAGUGGAAGUUCUAUGAGAAGUCAUUAUUUAAAUACGAUUAAACAUGAAAUAUCAUUAUAUUUAGAAAUGUAUCCUGAGGAGGUAGCUAAAUUGUUUGUUAGCGUGAAACAAUGGAAAAAAGAAGAAAAAAAAAAAAAAUUACUAGCUUUUCAAAAUAAUAUAGUUACACAAAGAUCUAAUAUAUCAUUGAACAGAAUAACAAAAUGUAAAAGUACUAAUUAUAAUAAAUUUAAUUCAUUGAUAGUUAGUAAAUCAUUUUCAAUAAAACAUAAACAUAUACAAACAAAUAAUAAUAUCAGAAGUGAAAAAAAUGAUGUUACUAUUAGACUAAAUAAAUCAAAUAAUAAAGAAAAGACCAAACAUGUACAUACAAAAAAAAAACUACUUCAUGAUUCGGUAGAUAAAAACAAAAGUGUAAAUAAAAAAAUUGGGAAUGAUUCAAUAAAUAAAAAUAAAAAUGAUAAUAAAAAAAAUGUAAACGAAAAAAUAAAUAAGAAUAAAAAUGAUACAAGUAAUAGUACUACAAAAAUGUCCUUAAAAAAGAAUAAAGUAAAACCAGAAAAAGAUACAUCAAAUAUAAUAAAUAUGACAACAAGAUCAAGUGCUGAUACUAAUAAUAAUAAUAAUAAUAAUAAUAAUAGUACUAACAAAUCUAAUAUUGUGACUAAAAAUAAAAAAGUAAAUAAAAAGAAAAAGAAAAAAGAAUCAAAAAACGAUAUAAAAGUAGUAAAAAGUUCUAUAGAAAAAACUAAUAAAAAUAUAAAUAAUUCGUUUAAUAUAGACAGGAUGGAAGAAGCAGUAGACAAUAAUAAAUAUAAUGAAAAAGAUAAUAAAGAUUUUAUUACAGGAUCACAAACAACUCAAAAUGUAAAAAAAAAUGUGCAAUUUGUAAAAGAAGAAGAUAUUCUAAAAAUAAAAUUAGAACAAAUAAAAAUGAACCAAAAAAAAAAAAAUAUAUCCAAAAAUAAUGACAACUGGAAAAAAUUAUUAUUACAAACAAAUUAUAUAAAUGAUGAAAAAGAAACAGAUGUUUUUAUGGAAACUAAAAAAACAUAUACCAACUAUAUUGCAAACAAUGCAGUAUCUACAUUAAAUACAAACAAAAUUAACACUACAAAUAAUGUAAAAAAUAUUAAUAAUGUUAACAAGUCCUUUGAAUCUUAUAAAUCUAAUAUAUCAAAUAAUGAUAUAAAAGAAAAUAAAUCAUCAAAUGUUAUAACAUCCAUUUUUGGAUAUAUAUAUAAAAAGAUAUUUCGUUGA